ACGUGCGGUAACGGUUCCUCGUUCCCCCCGUAGUUCCCCUGUUAAUAUUUUUCGGCUUAGGCAUACGCGAUGACCGGUGAAAUUUCCAUGACAGCCGCCACGGUGUUUGUACUGGCUGCCAAAAUAUUGGCCAUGUCACUCGGUUCAAAAUUACCGGAUUUCAAGACCGAACUCACAAAAAUGGAUCCAAAGUUUAACGGCACCGUGGAAAACGUAACAGCCACAGUAGGUCGCAGAGCAACACUGUCUUGCACAAUCGACAAUCUAGGAGCUCACAAAAUCGGUUGGAUGAAAGCAGAAGACCAAACGAUAUUGACGUUCCAUGAACGCGUGGUGGCCUCGAGCGGACGGUUCAGCGUGACUCACGAAGGGUUUAGAACUUGGUAUUUACACAUCAGAGACGUGGAAGAAAACGACAAAGGUUGUUACAUGUGUCAAGUAAACACAAUUGAGAUGCAGAAGCAAAUCGGCUGUUUAGACGUCUUGGUUCCUCCAGAUAUAAUUACCGACGAGUCGAGUACAGACUUAACGUUGAUGGAGGGCGAAAACGCCACAUUGUCUUGUCAUGCCACCGGCAACCCGGAACCGAAAAUCACUUGGAAACGGGAAAAGGGCCAACCGUUGUUGCUGCGCACCGCAUCCAGUAGAGACCUCGUCAAAUACAAUUCUUACGUCGGUAACGACCUAAAACUUUGGCGGCUUGACAGGAGACAGACCGGCAUUUACUUCUGCAUAGCCAGCAACGGUAUACCACCCGCGGUCAGCAAGAGGAUAACGUUAAACGUUUACUUUCCUCCUGUGAUUGUGGUACCAAAUCAACUUUUGGGGGCACCAAUUGGCACAGACGUCACGCUGGAAUGCCACGUCGAGUCCUAUCCAAAGUCUAUCAACUAUUGGGUCAGAAAUCGAACGAAAAUGUUGAUGGACGGGCCGAAACACGUGCUCCGGGAGACUGUGACCGACUACAAAGCAGCUUACUAUAUCGUCAUCAAGACGUUCGACCAGUCAGACGUGGGCACUUACAGCUGUAUAUCGACCAAUUCCAUUGGCAACGCCGAAGGCACGCUUAGGGUAUACGAGCUCCAGGGCGACUUACCUAUCGGCAAGAGCUCCAAGAACAAAGUGGCAAGGUCUUCGGCUUGUCCCAAGCACAUGCACAUCGUUACCGUGGCAGCGCUGACAGCUAUCUGGGCAAAAGCCAUCGGCUGAACCUCACCUCUAAGUCGACUUUGGAUAUUCACAACCGUCGCUCAUCAACAGACUCUGGACGUCUACUCUGUGAUCGUUAAUAAUUGUUGUAUAAUAAAUUAUCAUAAAAUAAUUUUUACCAACUUGUCCACUUUAUAUUCGAUUGUCGCGUUUUGCUUUAAUCCAAGUAAACACAUUGUUAACCAACAACAUCCGUUAACGACCGAUUCUGUGUGCUAAGAUCCCCAAAUAAUUAUCAUCUUGUCAAAACCUACAUUUUUUGUACAUACUUAAGAACAACUAUAGUCGCCUUCGACCGCAAGAGAUAAUAAUAUUACCUACCUGUACAUACAAAAUAAUAUUAUACUAUUCCAUAUGCUUUUGGAACGCUACCUUUGUUGAC